AUGGCAUCCUCAACCAGUUCCGGGUGGACACAGCUCCGGCAACAAGCACGGUCGCUUGAAACUCAGACCGAGAACCUUUUCCACACCUAUUCACAAUUUGCCUCGAUUACCAAACCACCACAAUCACCCACCGAGGAAGAGCUGCGGCUUGAAUCGCAAUUGAAAGACCUCCUCGAAAGACGCGAAUCUGUCAUCGCCCAACUAUCCCGUCUCCUUGACUCCGAAGCCACCCUCACCUCCUCCGCGUUUAAACAUAACAAUGUCUCUCGCCACCGCGAAAUACUGCAAGACCACCGCCGCGAGCUCCAACGUCUGAACGCAUCUAUUGCUGAAUCGCGCGACCGCGCAAACCUACUCUCCAAUGUCCGGUCUGACAUCGACUCCUAUCGCGCAUCCAACCCUGCCGCUGCCGAAGCCGAGUACAUGCUCGAAGAGCGGGGCCGAGUCGAGAACAGCCACAGUAUGAUGGACAACGUGCUGGGCCAGGCAUAUGCCAUCAAUCAGAAUUUCGUUGUCCAGAGCGAAACACUUGCCAACAUCAAUCGGCGCAUUGUCGGCGCUGCUGGCAGUGUCCCCGGCAUGAACUAUCUCAUGAGCAAGAUUGGAAACAAGAAGAGGCGGGAUGCUAUUAUCCUCGGGUGCUUUAUUGGGUUCUGCUUUUUGAUGCUGCUAUUCUUCCGGUAA